AUGCCUUCGAUCGAGCCAAGAUUCUGCAAAGCCUUUGCCGUCGAUGCGUCCGCAGGUCGGCGUGGUGUCGAUGUGGUGUCAACCCAGGACUGCAAUGUUCCGGCGGUUGCGAGGGCUAUGAGGCUUGAGAGAAGGGCUAAAUGGAUCAUGAUCAUUCUGGUGGCUUUUUGGCGGCUUUUUGAGGGCUUUGAGGGCUUUGAGGGCUUUGAGGGCUUUGAGGGCUUUGAGGGCUGA